UUCUGAGUACUCACAUGAGUCGACACUGUUUCCGACUUCCUUAGCAAAAAUAAUAAGAAAACGAAAGCGGCAGUUCACGGACCGUUUCGUGUCCAGCUGCCGAAUCGGAGUUUGGAACUUUCCAGAGGCUAGCACGGAGAUAUGAGCCCCGCAAAAGAUAACGGCGUUGAUAUCCUGUCUUAAACACGUUCCGUCGGGGUUAGAGACACACAGUGUGGUCGGUUGCCCGCGCAGACCGUUAAGACCGUUCGGGAGUAGGCUGCGUUUCCUGAGGGGCUAGUCGCUUAAUGUCCACCUCGGGCAGCGAUAUCCGAGAGCAGUCUUCUCGCCGCCUUUUCUCCGCCGUGUCGGUAUGAGUGAGGAGUGGAGAUGGAGUUCUCGGAGCACAUAAAGACCGCUAACGUGGAGGACGUGGAGCUGACACGGCCCCUCCACCCGCCGAUUAAAGGGACCCUGUGCGUGACCGCCCAUCACCUCCUGUUCUCCGGCAGAGACGGGGACAGUCCCGCUCAGCUCCUGCUGCUUCUGAGAAACAUCGAUGCCAUCGAGAAAAGCGUUGAAAACCUGGUGGAAUACUCAGGCCUGUUUCGUAGGAGUUCAGGCCCGGGUGAAAGGGCCGCCGGUUCCUCUGGGACCAUCACCGUCAAGUGCAAGGACCUGUGUGUGCUGCAGCUGGACAUCCCCGGCAUGGAGGAGUGCCUGAACAUCGCCCGCUCCAUAGAGGUGCUCUCCUCCCUGGACAGGGUCACAGAGAUGUAUCCCUUCUUCCACAGACCCUCCUCCCUCAGCCUGCCAGGCCGCUGGGGCUUAUCCUCUCCUGAGGAGGACUUCAGCCUCAUACAGCCUCUGAGUGACAGGUGGAGGCUGAGCCAGGUGAACAGGGAUUACUCCGUCUGCCCCUCCUACCCCCCCGCCCUCGUCGUCCCGCGGGGCGUCGAUGACCAGACCCUCGCCAAAGCUGCCAAGUUCCGCCAGGGAGGCCGCUUCCCCGUGCUGGCCUUCUACCACAGGAGCAACGGCCAGGUGAUCAUGCGCAGCAGCCAGCCGUUGACGGGAGCCAAUAGGAAGCGCUGCAGGGAGGACGAGCUCCUCCUCCAGGCCGUGAUUGACGGCUCUGAGCGGGGCUACAUCAUCGACACGCGCAGCGCACAGCUGGCCCACCAGGCCCGGAUGACGGGGGGCGGGUUCGAGUCCAAAUCCCACUACCACUCCUGGAGGAGGCUGCACCGGAACCUGGAGAGGGGGAAGGGGCUCCAGGAGAGCCUGAUGAAGCUGGCUGAGGCCUGCAGUGACCAGUCUCACAGCAUGGACCGCUGGCUCAGCAGGCUGGAGAACUCAAAAUGGCUGAACAACGUCAACGCCACUCUGUCUGCCGCCGGACUGGUGGCCGAGUGCGUGGAGAGGGAGGGCUGCUCGGUCCUGGUCCACGGCUAUGAGGGGACGGACACCACCCUGCUGCUCACCACGCUGGCCCAGCUCAUCCUGGAGCCCCGCUGCCGCAGCCUCAGGGGCUUCCUGGCCCUGCUGGAGAGGGAGUGGAUACAGGCGGGACACCCGUUCCAGCAGCGCUGCGCACGGUCGGGCCUGUCCCACGCGCGGCCCCGCCUGGAGGCCCCCUCCUUCCUGCUGCUGCUGGACUGCGUGUGGCAGCUGGGCCGCCAGUUCCCCCUCAGCCUGGGCUUCAGCGAGGCCCUGCUGCUGCUGCUCGCCCGCCACGCCUACGCGUCAGAGUACGGAUCCUUCCUCUGUGACUGCGACCGGCAGAGGUGUGCUUUGGGGGUGAAGGAGAACACUCACUGCCUGUUCCAGUUCCUGUGCAGCCCCAGGGAGAGAGGCAGGUACAGCAGCCCCCUGUACCAGCCCACGGAGCUGGCCAUCUGGCCCUCAGUCCAGCCUCAGGCCCUGCAGCUGUGGAGAGGUCUGUUCUUCAGGUGGACAGAAGGCGCCCAGUACCUGGAUGAGGCCUGGGAGGAGAUCCGUAACCUGGCAACGCAGGGCAGGGGGAGGGGCUGCGGGAGGAGUGUGGUUCCUAUGGAAACCGAGGACUCCGUUCCCUCCUCCAGGGCUGUGGACUGCUGAAGGAUGGGGGGGCGGGGCUCAGAGUUCAGCAGGGCAGGGUCAGAGUUCAUCAGGGCAGGGGUCAGAGUUCAUCAGGGCGGGGCUCAGAGUUCAGCAGAGCAGGGUCAGAGUUCAUCAGAGCGGGGCUCAGAGUUCACAAAAAAGUGUUCCCAUAGAGAUUUUUUUUUUUCAUAAUCAUACCUUCUCACAAGCAAACAAUUACUGUGUACAACCUCUUUCUCCAAACUCCUUUCAGUUGAUUGUAAAAAUAUAUAUAUUUUUUUCUGUUUAUCACAAGAUUAACAAUAUCAUUGUUUCAAACCACUUCCAGGUCUAAUCACUGUUUUUGCAGUGGGUGGGACUUUAACGUUCUAUAGCUGAUACGUGAAUUCCAGUUAACCUGUGUCUACACUGGAACCACAGGUCAGGGGCGUGUUGUCAAACACAAACUCAACUUGGAGUGUGUGCUGCUGAUGACUGCCUGAGUCAAGUGAGUGUGUGUGUGUGUGUGUGUGUGUGUGUGUGUGUGUGUGUGUGUGGUGUGUGUGUG